AUGGCUGUUGGUAAGAACAAGAGACUAUCAAAGGGUAAGAAGGGUCUUAAGAAGAGAGUCGUCGACCCAUUCAGCAAGAAGGAAUGGUAUGACAUCAAGGCUCCUUCCACUUUCAAGAACAGAAACGUCGGUAAGACUCUGGUAAACAGAUCGGCUGGUUUGAAGAGUGCCUCUGACACUUUGAAGGGCCGUGUAGUGGAAGCUUGUCUAGCCGACUUGCAAGGUUCUGAAGAUCACUCUUUCAGAAAGAUCAAGUUGAGAGUUGAUGAAGUCCAAGGUAAGAACCUAUUGACUAACAUCCACGGUAUGGAUUUCACCACUGAUAAAUACAGAUCUAUGGUCAGAAAAUGGCAAACUUUGAUUGAAGCUCAAGUUACCGUUAAGACCUCCGACGAGUACGUUAUCAGAGUGUUUGCUAUUGCUUUCACCAGAAAGCAACCAAACCAAGUGAAGAAGACCUGUUACGCUCAAUCUUCUCACAUCAGAGCUAUCAGAAAGGUCUUCAGUGAAAUCUUGACCAGAGAAGUUCAAAACUCUACUUUGGCUCAAUUCACUUCCAAGUUGAUCCCAGAAGUGAUUAACAAGGAGAUGGAAAAUGCUACUAAGGACAUCUUCCCAUUGCAAAACGUUCACGUUAGAAAGGUUAAGUUGUUGAAACAACCAAAAUUCGACUUGGGCUCUUUGAUGGCUUUGCAUGGUGAGGGUUCCGAUGAGACUGGUAAGAAGGUUUCUGGCUUCAAGGAUGAAAUCUUGGAGACUGUGUAA